AUGUCUCACCAAGCCCGCGAUAUCCCUAAGGAUGCUGCCCUUGAGGGCAUGCAUGAGCAUCCAGAGGAUAUCAGCAACAAGGCGCGCGGCCAUAAAGCAAAUCUGUCCAACCCAAAUACCAGCGAUGAGUCCAAGGAGCGCUCUAAGCGGGAGCUGAAUGAACUCGGUGGCGAGCAGGCGUUUUAUGGCAAGCAGGAGAAUGCUCAAAAUUCAAAGUAG